GCUAUUUGAUCCAGACUGCUUGUUACAUGAUCUCCUGGAAUACAACGCUCCCUCGCUACUCGAUGGCUUUUUGGGUUGUUUUUGCUUUGCUGUGCAGAGAGCACAAAAGGACGUCUGCGCCACCCUAACCCUACAUCGCCUCUCCGACCCUUUCUCCUCCUGUGACCUGUCUAUCCAUCCUUCUCCCUGACCUCCAUUCCCACCCGCUGUCCAGACCCCCUCACCCCCAUCUCCUAAUUAAUGCUGCCAUCCCCUUGACAAUGAUACCAUGCAUUAACUGGCUGCAGCCUUUCCUUGCCUUGAUCUCCUCCACUUUGCUUACACGAGGCCACAACUGUCCAUCCAGCUGUUUGUGUCCAGACCACCACACUGUGGACUGCACUGACAAAGGUCUAACCAGAGUCCCAGACUCCAUCCCUCUGGAUGUUCGCCGUCUCCUGCUCUCCAACAACUGGAUUCACUGGAUCCCUUUUGACUUCUUGGUCCUCUACAGUGAUCUAGUCUACCUGGACCUGAGGAAUAACUCCCUCUCCCAGCUGGAGCCAGGGACCCUGAGCACCUCCUCUAGAUUAGUCUACCUCGACCUGGGGAGCAACAAUCUGACAGAAAUCUCAUCUGGAACAUUUGGGGAGUCCAGGAGUCUGAUCAAACUUCGACUGGGGAACAACCCCUACCUAAACAUGGUGGGCCGGGAUGCUUUUGCAGGGCUGACAUCUUUGAGAGAGCUGGAACUGGAGAAGAAUGGACUAACAGCCCUGGACGUCGUGGUCCUGGAAUCUUUGCCCUCCCUUCGGAUGCUGCGUCUGGAGGGCAACCCCUGGCUCUGCAACUGCCACUUUGCCAAACUGUUUUUAUGGCUGACAGAGAACCAACACAAGCUCCCAAAGGGUAUGGAGGGGAUAGAGUGCUCCCUGCCUCUGGACGGGCGUCGUAUUCCUCUAAGUUUGUUGUCUGAAGACAGUUUUCGGGAGUGCCGUGGUACCCUCACCCUCACUGACUACCUCAUCGUCAUCUUCUCUGGUAUCUCCGUCUCAGUGGCAGCCAUCAUGGCCAGCUUCUUCCUCGCUUCCACAGUCCACUGCUUCCAGCGUCUUAGCAAAGGCAGCAAAGGAGAUGAGGAGGAAGGCAAUGACUGAUGGGCAAAGGGAGAGGGUAAAUGGAUUACAUCAAACACAGGUGUUUAAUUUAACACUCUUGCUCAGAACUUGACAAAACAUGAAAGAAAGUAGAGAUGGUGGCAGAUGGUAGUGUUAAGGCAUCAAAAGAAAAAGCUUCAUCGAGAAAGCACUUACCAUGUGAAAUCCAAGCUCAUACUCCAAGCUUUUUUAAGAAUCAAGGACUGGUUUAGGAAAAAUCUGAGGGCUUGAAUCUCUGUGCGCAGGUAUUGCAUUCACUGAAUGUAGCAAUUUCUACUACUGUGUACAGUCCUGACUCUACAGACACUGGUCAGUGCAAUGGAUUUUUGUUAAAAAAAAGAAAAAAAAAGAAGAGCUGUAGUAUUGCACAGCAAUUGUGGCAUUCUUGAAAAAUGUAUGCAGUAUUCAUCAUUAAGACAGAGAUUGGUAAAUACAUUCUAGAUGCACGGGGGUAGGGACGAAUAUGGAUUGUAGUGUUUGGAUUAUAAGGAACCAAAGAUUGGCAAGCACUGCAGGGGAAAUAAAAAAUUGUGUCUCUGACAGCUGGUGCACAGACGGUUCAGUUAACACACAGUCCUUUACUGUUGGCCUAAUACAGGUCUUCACAGCUCUGACAAUAUAUAACCAACCCAAAAAGAAAUCAUGACUUAUGUCAGGAUCAGACUACAGGGUAUAAAAGAAUGCAUGACUUCAUUUCUGUCUUCUCCAUUUUUUCAUUUGUGCUCAUAGGAGUACUUUGUGCUCCAAUGGUCCAACAUCACAGAACACACUACAGAAGCUGUCAAAUUAGACAAGGCAAAAAAAAAAUCUAGCAUGCUAGGCUUUCUGUUGAAAAUGUUGGUUUUCCUAUAUUGCAAUACACUACACAGGAUAAAAAAAAAAACAAUGGACAAAGGAUAUUGGACAAGUCAUAGUCAAAGCAGCUGAGCUUUGCUCAGACAAUAAUUAUAAAAAAAAAAAUUGCAAAGUAACUGUAGAAAACUCUUGACUCUUGACAUUAUAAGUAAGACCCAAGCCAGAGCACAUGACAGGACAGUGUGUGAAAUAGGGAGACAGAGAGAGAGUGGAGACUGACAUGCAGCAAAGGGCUGCGAGCCAGAUUCGAACCCCUGGCCACUGCAGCGAGGCAAUGCCUCUGUACAUGGGACACCGGCACUAUCCACUAUUCUACCGACACCCCUAAUGUCUGUCUGUUUUACAUACUCCAGUUUGUUCUACAAGUAACAGCAAUAUUUAUGUUUGUUUUAUCACAGGUUACUAGCAAUAAUCUAUUGUACAGAAAGAAUCCAUUGGAGAACAGGGAGAUAUUGCUUGAUAUAAAAUCCACAAUAAAAGCCUUAUGUUCAUAAAUUGAGACAUUCUGUCCACAGAAACACUAGAGGUAUUUUAUUUUGAAACUGACAUAAGAAGUGUUGAGUUAAAAAUAAAUAUUUAUAUUUUUUCAUGACUGUGACAUUAAAUCUGUAGAGAAAGGUGUAAUGUUGCUUGUAUGAUGUCAGUAUCAAUAUCAACAGAUCAUUUUCACUGUCUCUGAUUUAACCUGUUAAACUUAGUAAGAGGUUCCACAAGGCACAAGUGCUGCUCAUGUUCGAGCGUCUCAGUUCAUCCCAAAUGUGUUUGAUGGGGUUGAGAUCAGGGCCCUUAUCUCCAAAUGUAUCUCAGCAAAUGUAGGCUAACAAACUGAUAUCACGCUAAAAUCAUCCAUCU